UAAGGUAGGAUUCAAACGUUUGCACUAAGUUUUAUUUAAUGUAUACCAAGCAUAAUGACUUUAACGCAUUAUAACCCCGAUGAAACGUAUACAAUGUGUGAUACUAGCAGUAUGGAUCAGCAUAUCUAUCUAGAUUUUGACAAUAAACCCGACAUUAAGAAAAAUAACCGUCCAUUUCUGAAACGUUCUACAAAAAGAAUUAUAUUAUGCGCUAUUGCCAUUGUCACGACAGCUGUUUUAUCAUCAGGAAUAACGUUUGCUGUUCUGUAUUUUAAUGGUAACUAUAAUUCAGAGGGAAAACAUCAGUCUGCUGUGGUUAACAAAACUCAGUCGUGCGAAAACUUUGAACUGGACAUUCAUGGAAAUAAAAAAUGUACACAGUCUAAUGAUAGAACGUUUUCAAACUUGAAUUUCCGUGUAAAAUCUGUAGGAACACAUUGUCCUAUUGAUUGGUAUAAGAAUGGCGCUGCUUGUUAUAUGAUACGUCACGACAAGAGAACAUGGUUUCAAGCAAGAGAUUUCUGCCGAAGCCAGGGAUCUGAUCUAGUUAGUUUCCAUAGUAAAGCUGAAGUUGAUACAUUUCCGAAAAACCAAUUAAAAGAAGAACCGUAUUGGACUGGCUUGAAUGAAAUUGAUCAUAAAGGUACAUUCAAAUGGAGCGAUGGGACUCCACUGGAUUAUACAAAUUGGAACUUAUACGAACCGAACCAUUGGAACAACUUUGAACAUUGUGUCGAAAUGGAGCACUUUACUCACAAAAAAUGGAAUGAUGGUAAUUGCUAUAUUUCACAAAGUUUUAUCUGCAAAUUGAGUCUUACUGUCAAAUGUGGGAAUGGCAAUUGGUCUCUAUAUAAUGGAUCGUGUUACCUGUUUGAUGACACGAAGUUGUCAUGGACAGCCGCUCGUCAAUCAUGUCUAGAUAAGGGUGCAGAUUUAAUCAGCAUUGGUUCGGACAAUGAAUUUUCACAUGUUCUGAGUGAAGCUUUUCGAUCGUCUUCGUCAGUCAAAUGGAUAGGUCUAAAUGAUUUUGCGUUGAUCGGCAAAUAUGAAUGGCUUGAUGGAACUGUUUCGAAAAAUCUAACAUGGGCUAAUAGUGAACCAAACAAUGACAAACAUUAUUGUGUCUACUUUGGGAGACUUGGUAAUAUUUAUGAUGCAGACUGUGCAACAAUGAUCGGGUACAUUUGUGAGAAAGUUUUGUGAAUUUCAUUUUUUGAAUUUUUAAGAGAUUCGUUGGCUUAGAAAUGACAAAAUUGAAUAAACACUUAUAAAUGGCUUUUACUAUGCGGUAUGGUCUUUGCUCAUUUUUGAAGGCCGUACGGUAACCUAUUGUUAUCAAUGUCUGUGUCAUUUUGGUCUCUUGUGGAUAGUUGUCUCAUUGGCUAUCAUACCACAUCUUCUUUUUUAUAUUAUAACUUGGUAUGUUAGAUGUGUGAUAUUUAAAAAAAAUAAAAUUUGAAUUUGGUAUAUUUAAUGAUUUGUUUAUAGAUUAAGUGUGCGUUGAAUGUUUAUAAUCAAUCAGCUUUAUUUAUAUGUAUGGACUUUAUUUUCAUAUGGUAUAAUACUUGAUAUUUAAAUAUCUUUAGAGAAAAAGAUUUUUGACCUCAAAACCCGAUUUUCACUGUUAAAGGGAUUGAUUGUUUUUGCUUUAUGUUGCAUUUGAGUAAUUAACAGCUCCAUAGACUUAGAUGGAGAAUAGUUGAUCUCCAAAAAAUAUUUAAUUUUAAAAUACUUCAUAGAAAAAAAAAUCAUGUACUUAUAUUAUGAUGUCAUUAAAAAAGGGUACCAUCCCUCGAAAAAUGUUAUCAACCUUGAAGUCAAACGUCAUGUUUUCUUCUAUCUGUUUGCUGUUUUUAUCCGACCGCACUUCUUAAGUAAACGUGAUAUUAUUCUUCUAUUCAAUUAAACAGAUUUUUAAUUCCUCAUAUACUUUUCAUAAAUCAAUGUACAUGCUGUGCAGAAAACAACAUAACAAAAAUGGGUCUAUAUUAUUUCACUCCAUGCCCAUAAAACUGAUAUUGUAUAAUACAAUACUGGUAAAUGUACCUAAAAUCAAUUCAACAUUUUUCGAAAAUUACGAAAGAAUUAUUAUAGAAAGAGGAUCAAAUAUGACUUGAAGACAAAUUUAUUUACGUCUUACUGAAUAAAUGAGGCUUACAUUACCAUGUUUAGACAUAUACCUGUUGGUGAUUUUCAAAGAAACUCUAAUGCAUAUUGCCUUUAUUUGGCUUUUAAAACAUUUAAGCU